AAGUUCAGAAAGUGUAAGAAGAGAGGUGCCAAAGCCCACCAUCGUGAGUGCUUGUGACCUGGGCAUACAUUCCAUCAUACACAUGCCCUCCUGCACAGACCCCUCUUCUUCCAGGACAGGAAGCCAAAUUGACUAGUGUCUGUCACUGCAGGAGAUGGUGGCUUGGAAUGGACAUGCUAGAGGACCUUAAGUCCCUGCAAUUUGAAUCUGGGAUUCCAGAGGAAGAUCAUAUAUGGCUAUAUUUGCUGGGCCGUUCUCGGGGACUGAUCGUCGAGGCCUGUGCCCAUGCAACCUUCUUCUGCAAACUCUUACGGAAUUUGAGAGACUUAUUACAUAAGAAUCAAACUUCCAGAUGUCUCUCAAGUGGAUCACUGAACUUGGCCACUCCUGACAAGAAGGAGUUAAAGGUGGGCAUCAUUGGAGGCGGCCACCUUGGGAAGCAGCUGGCUCGCACACUGAUGCAACUUGUCCCCGUCCCUGCUGAGAGCCUGAGGAUCUCCACUCGGAGGCCAGAGGCCCUGGAUGAGUUCCAGAAACUGGGGGUCCAGUGCUUUUACCAAAACCCUCACCUGGUGGCCUGGGCCGACGUGAUAUUCCUCUGCUGCCUGCCAUCCCAGCUGCCCAAUAUCUGUGUAGAAAUUCAAACCAGCCUUGAGAAGACCUGCAUCGUGUACAGCCUUGUAGCUGCUGUUCCAAUACCCAGGUUGAAACUACUACUGAACCACACCAAUAUCUUGCGGCCUCAAUAUCAUUGUGUUGAAGGUUUUGCCAACAUCUGGGGGUCCAAUAAGGAAGUCACGGCUGCUCUCCAAGAUCCCAUGAUUCUUCAGGCCACCUGUCCCUACAGUUCUGCUGGGGGCAUAACCCUCAAUAUCAGGUGGCUGGAGGCAGUGUUGUAUGCGGCUCUAAACACAUGCUCGGCAAGGGACAUUGCCAACCCACAAGUGCUACUGCUUCUGAACGAGCUGCUUCUGUCUGUGCACUGUGAAGACUGUGAGAAAGACACAGCAUCUUGCCCAAAGUUUCAGUUAACAGAUUUUGUCAGCAAAGUCUAUGGUGAGAACUUGCCUCCGGAAAGGCCUUUCCCCUGGUUUGAUCUGACUGCUGUGCAACUCAAGGAAACACCCUUCAGUCGGCGUCUCUCAACCAGUGCUGUUCUCCGAGACCACCUUACCUACCUAUACUGUGAUUCAUUUGGCAUCUCCCUAACCAAAGAACAGCCAGUGGUUUCCACAGGUGCUCCAUCCUGAUAAGAGAACUUGGGAAUCAGGAUUCUUUCUCCCUCACACUUUGUCUCUAUGAUGGUUAUGUACUGAUGAUCACAAUUGACAGUGGGAGUCAUAUGACUGUAUUGUGUUUGU